AUGAGCUUCCCCGCUUGUCUUGUUGGGAGACUUUCCCGGUCUCACCCUGUUCUUCUAGCAUCAACUACGCCGGCCCUGUGGUCACGAGUUGCAUUUUCUCCUAUCCGAAUGGCUUCCAACGUGCCAACUCCGCGCUUCGCCGAGGGUGAAGACGCGGCACAGCUCGGACCUGAUACGCAGGCACUACAGCAACAAGGAUGGGCGCUCGACGCCGACGGGAUGGGUGUGGGCAAGACAUUCCAUUUCAAAAGCUACUUCAAGGCCGUUUCCUUUGUGAAUUUCAUUGCGGCCGAAAGCUCAGUGAAGAAGCACCACCCCACUAUGACCGUGCGGAUCGGGUCCGUGGAUGUCCACUGGACGACGCAUCGCCCGCGCGGCCUCACCCACAAAGAUAUUGCCCUGGCCCGGCAUUGCGACAAUGGCGCGGGCUUAAUGGGUGUCGUGGAGGCCGGACAGGGAUUGAAAUGUGGACCGACUCCAUAG